CAAGACAUGAAUAAGCCGAGGAGUCUACAAACGCUAUUCCGUACAUGUCCGUACAUAUGUGUGAAGGAGAGUCCAAGGCCCGAGCUCGAGUCCAUGAAGUGUGAGGCCAAUUGAUAAAGAGAAGCCCAUCAAGAUGAUUCUAGAAGAUCAAGUCAAAAAUAUCUUCUAGCCGUUGAAGAUCAAGUUGUGUUCCAAGUGUGAACACAAAGGAGAGAAGUCGCUUCUCACCAACCCGUCACUUCGAGACCAACGGAUCCAUUCUCUUUUUAUCUCUCUUUAAAUGGUUGUAAACAUACAAUUGGAAAUUUACAAUUCAAUACAUUGGUUUUAAACUCUUCGAAAAUUCUCUCAAUCCAUUCAUACUCUCUCUCUUGUUCUUCACAUAUUCUCUCUAGAUACAUAUAUAUUUCCGCAUAAUCUUUCAUGGUAUCAGAGCGUGAUCUUGCUUUUACACCGUUUAUUCUCUUAUUCUCACUCUAAUCUCAGUUCGCUCAAUCUCAUCCUUCAUUUUCUCUUGUUUCGAUUUGUUUUAACCGGCGGGUAAACGCUUUAUCCAUCGGUCCAAACGUGUUCAAACCAUGGAAAAGUACUCUCAAAAGUUGGUUACUUCGGUGAUUCUUCAAGGGAGAAACUAUCUAACAUGGUCAAGAACAACAAGAACUGUCUUGUGUGGUCGAGGACUUUGGAGCCAUGUCAUAUCAUCUCAAGCUCCGAAAGAAGACGAAGAAGAAGGAGAAGAAGAAGGGAAGAAAGUCACUACUCUCAAAGAAGAUAAGUGGUUUCAAGAGGAUCAAGCUGUCCUUGCUCUUCUACAAAACUCCCUUGAAGCCUCUAUUCUUGAAGGCUAUUCCUAUUGCGAAACGGCAAAGGAGUUGUGGGAUACACUCAAGAAUGUGUACGGCAACGAAUCCAACCUAACCCGAGUGUUUGAAGUGAAGAAAGCUAUCAAUGAGCUAAGUCAAGAAGACUUGGAAUUCACCAAGCACUUUGGGAAGUUUAGAUCUUUGUGGUCCGAACUUGAAAGCUUAAGGCCGGGUACACUCGAUCCAAAAAUUCUCCAUGAGAGGCGUGAGCAAGACAAGGUGUUCGCGCUUCUACUCACCUUGAAUCCAAGCUACAACGACCUCAUUAAACACCUCCUUAGAUCGGAGAAGCUUCCAAGUCUUGAUGAAGUUUGUUCUCAAAUUCAAAAGGAACAAGGAUCCUCCGGACUCUUUGGUGGAAAAGGAGAACUUGCAACGGCAAAUAAAGGAGAACUGGUGGCCAACAAAAGCAUGUACAAGUUUGAAGACAAGAAGUCCUUGAUGUGCGAGCAUUGCAAGAAGAAAGGCCACAUCAAAGACAAAUGUUGGAUCUUGCAUCCACAUCUCAAACCGGUUAAGUUCAAGGAGCCGAGAGCGCAUCUCUCUCAAGAAGCUCAAGAUGAACAAGAUCAAUCCGGCAGUUCAAAAUCGGGAGGAGAAGGAAUCAAGAUGACACCCGGGGAUUAUGUAAGGAAGUCGGACUUAGAGGCUCUCAUCAAAUCCAUUGCAUCUCUUAAGGAAUCCGGAUAUUGAAACCGGAAAGUUGAUCGGAGAAGGUGGUUCAAAAGGAGAACUUUAUGUUCUUGAAGAUGUGUCACCAAGCUCUAGUUCUAUUCCUAUUUCUUUUAAAUCGCAAUUAGGUGUCUCUUUUAAUGUUAUGUGGCAUGCUAGGCUAGGCCAUCCUCAUUCUCGUGCUCUUAAGCUUAUCUUACCAAGUAUUUCUUUUGAUCACACUAGUUGUGAAGCUUGUAUCCUUGGUAAACAUUGCAAGUCGGUUUUCCCUAAGUCCUUUACUACUUAUGAGAAAUGUUUUGAUUUAGUGCA